AUAAUUAUAGACGCGUGGACAGUUUGUAGGUCAGAAUAAAAUUUUCGAAACAUCUGAGUCCAACAAAGUUUUUUCUUUUAUAGUAAACGGAAAAUACUAAGAAAUUAGAACGUGAAAUUCGUAAACGAUAUUUGUUAGUCGAGUCAAAAUUCAACUAUUUAUCAGUUGACUUAUCAAACUUACCUUUCCUGUUUGUGCUCGCGCUUGCGUUUGGAUUUUUAUUGUUAGAAAAUCAGACAAUUAAUUUCUACACAACAAUGGACGCAGAACGAUGUGUUAUGGUCGAAGCGAGUAACCACUUGGCAAAAUCAUCAUCGUCUCUACACUCACCAGUAAAUAUCCAAACUGGGCUCAACGACGAUUGCUUGCAGGAAAUUUUCGGACAUUUGGAUACAUUAACAGAUUUCGUGAACGUGGCCGCAGUGUGUCAAAGAUUCCGACAAAAUGCGAUGCACUGUUAUCCAUUGCGCUUCAGACGUAUCAAUAUUUCAAACGAUAAUCGCAAGUCUUCUGUUCAUCCACACAGUAUAUCAAGUUGCUUACGGAUAUUCGGUCAUUUGAUCAAGUCAAUCGACUUGAUUUGCAACAACUUUGAUUUCGAAAGAGAUGAUGAUAACCGAAAAGAAUACAACUUCAUAGAACCUUCUAAGUUUCGAAAAAUCGAUCUGCUCAAAUUGAUUUCUGAUUACUGUGGAGAUAAUUUGGUCGAGUUGCAAAUUUCAGAAGGAACUGAUGUGGUCUUCAAUAUAUCAAGAAGUUCUCAAUUCCAAGUUCUGCAGAGACUACUCAUAAUAUAUACCAAAAAUGUUAGAUUAGCUGCAUUCAAAGAACUGAAAUGUUUGAAGUUAAUUGCAAACGAUUCCGUAAAUUUCGAUUGUGUCGAUUACCAAUUUCCGAAAUUAACGGCCAUUCAAUUCCAUUUAAUACGAGUCCUGGACGAGUCCUUGUUUAUCGAUUUUCUAACGGCAAAUCCACAAAUUCAAAAUAUUCGUAUUUCUGGUUGUCAAUCGCUGUCUAGUCGCAUUCUUCAAAACAUCGAAAAUCUACAACCGAACCUCCAGCACUUAGUCUAUUCAACGACCCCAGGAGACGUCGGUAUUGAAGACAAUGUUUUGCAUUUGACUAAAUUGGCAAAUUUAAAGAGUCUGACUGUGCAAGGCUUUCAUCCAAUUUAUAAUCUUAUUAACCUGCUCGCUGAUCGAGAAGUACCAAUUGAGCAUUUGAAAAUUUCUUUUUCCGAUGCCGUCAAAGCUAUGUCCAGUUUGACUAAGCUCCGCUCAUUGUUCGUCCGUUUUUGUGAUAAGGAAACAGCAUAUUAUUUGAUUAACAAUAUGCCUGCUCUGAAAGAAAUUGACAAAAUUCGAGUUGAACAUCUAUGGGAUGUAAUUGAAAUAUUGAGAACAUCCAAACAGCUGACGGUUAUCGAUUUUAUUGUUGUAAACGAAGUAAACGUCGAUGUGAAUCGUUACAAUUCGAUUUUGAAUCUUGUUAAAAAUCGAGUAAAAAUUACGGUAAGGACCAAUGGCCAACUUGAUGUUCAUCAAAACAUCCUCGAUUUGAACGCAGAAUGGUUGUUGUGGAAAGCAACCAAUAAUGAUGACUGACAACUUUUUAAAUAUAUUUUUGAUCUAUUUCAUUGUUGAACUUCCGAAGCAUCACUGAUACAAAUACCUACAUUUGAUCCCAAUUUGUUUUUACAUAAAUGCUGUAUUCCUAAAGAAUUGUCAAAUUUAGACCAUUAAUAAAUCGAUUACUCAAUA